UUACGCCGCGUCUGUCCCAAGUGAUCUCAAUGUGAUCGUCUAGUGUUUCUGCUGCUUCUCUUGAACGUCGCUCUGUCGCGUCGUUACCGCCAAAACCUCGCACCGCAGGAGGGGUGCGCCGCGCUCCCGCCUCCCUUUCCUCGUUUGCUGCCGCGAGAGUGCGUGUGCGUGCGUGCGUACCUGUGCUUCUGUAUGUGUGCGCUCGCUGAUCCAUUAAUCUAUCAUCUCCCGACGGCCGUGUGAGGCCAGCCUGUGAAACGCACCGUUCAACGUCAACAAACCCAGCAUCGUCGUCUCGCGGUGUAGCUUUUUGGCGUCCAUCGUCUUGUUUUCAUUCUGCCCUCUCCAACAAUUGACAAACAUCGACCACCGACCGGCAGUAACGGCGGGCAGUAACUGGUUGCCCGACAACGACUCGACGACGCAAUGGCAGUGUUUGGGCUCGUGUCGGCCGUUGCCGGCUUCGUGAAGGUGCGCUACCUGGCCGAUAAGGCGAUCAUCGAUAACAUCGUGUUCCGGUGUCACUACCGCAUAACCAGCGCCAUCCUGUUCGCCUGCUGCAUCAUCGUCACGGCGAACAACCUGAUUGGCGAUCCGAUCUCGUGCAUCAACGAUGGUGCCGUUCCCGGGCACGUGAUCAACACGUACUGCUGGAUCACGUACACGUUCACGCUGCCGGGCCAGCACGGCCGCAAGCUCGGCACCGAGGUGGCCCACUCCGGGCUCGGCAACGACAACCAGGAGCGCACCUACCACAGCUACUACCAGUGGGUGCCGUUCAUGCUGUUCUUCCAGGGGCUGCUCUUCUACGUGCCCCACUGGAUCUGGAAGAACUGGGAGGAGGGUCGCAUGCGCAUGAUCACCGAGGGUAUGCGCGGCGUAUCGGCAGCGAGUCCGGUCGAGCGGAAGGACCGCCACGAGCGGCUGGCCCAGUACAUGUACGACAGCAUCAAUACGCACAACACCUACUCGUUCGGGUACUUCAUCUGCGAGAUGCUCAACUUCAUCAACGUGGUCGGUAACAUCUUCUUCGUCGACAAGUUCCUGGGCGGCGCCUUUCUGACCUACGGCUCCGAUGUGCUGAAGUUCUCCGGCAUGAACCAGGAAAACCGAUCCGAUCCGAUGAUAGAGAUAUUCCCACGGGUCACCAAGUGUACGUUCCACAAGUACGGUGCAUCGGGCAGCAUCCAGAAGCACGAUGCACUCUGCGUGCUGGCGUUGAACAUUCUCAACGAAAAGAUCUACAUCUUCCUGUGGUUCUGGUUCAUCGUGCUGGCGGUCGCGUCCGGGCUAGCCAUCAUCUAUUCGGCCGCCAUCGUGAUGAUGCCCACGACACGGGAAGCAGUCCUGAAGCGCCGGUUCCGCUGUGCGAAACCCUCCGACAUCUGCAACCUCAUCCGUCGCGUUCAAAUCGGCGAUUUCCUCAUGAUCCAUCUGCUUGGCCAGAACCUCAACGUGACCUCGUUCAGCGAAAUGCUGCACACCUUCAUGGGCCUGCUGGACGAACAGCCGAUGCCGGGCGACACACCGUCGGCACCGUCGACCCUUGAGAUGGCACCGAUGUAUCCGGCGAUCGAGAAAUACGGUAAAGAAACUGAAACCUAGAGAGGAACCUCUAGAGAGAAACCGGGGCAGAGCACUACCGGAAGAGCAUUGCGAUCUUCUGCUGCCUUUCUUUAACGAGUCCUGUUGCAAUAUUUGAACCCUUGACUACCCCCGUUGGAAUUUGAUUCCCACGAUUCCCUCCACCCCCAAGGACACUGUGCACCCGAAAACCCACGACACACAUACACACUCUCGUAGCAUGUCCCCAGAAGUAUGUAGACUCAGGCCAACACGGUUGCACGCGAAAGCCCUUUAGUUUUGUAGUUAAACAAGAACUAGAAUGCAUGUAGUAGACAAGUAGAAAGAGUUUGCGCGAUGCCGCCAGUCGAUUGUGCGCCAACGAAUUCACGCGAACUUGGAGUCCCCUUAGAGUCAAAAUUGUACCUUAGCCCCCCCCAAUGAACCUCCUGGUUGUACGUGUUUUGGUUUCCGUUUUUCGCACCCUUUUUCGGUUUCAUCCUCCGCACUCGCAACUAAACAGAAAGUUUUGUUUCCAAUUUUUGGCUCGUUCAACACUCGCGAUCGCGAUAACGCCGCGCAAAUGGGGAUGAUGCACGAUCUAAUGUAAUCGCUCUCGACGGUGGUGACGGCAACGGCGACGGUGGCAUCCAUAAACAGACAAGGAGAAAGAGGUUAUGCACCAGGACUACGAAGCAUAAGUUAGUGGCCCGGAGCCCCGGAGCGCCGGAGUGUAGGCCCACAGACAGGUAUUAUCAAUCGACAAACUGGUUGCAACACACACCAGAGCAAACAGCAUUAUCCAUUCCAGGGACGGUCUCACGAAAGUGGGAUGUGGGCUGUCGUGGUAACGAAAAAGAUUGACCAUCCAUCGUUAACACAAUGUUCAGAAAUGUCGAAUCGAUGCCGCGCACCGUUAAUCACAAAAGCCCUAUUUUAGAAGCUCCCAAAUGAAUCGAAACUAAACGAAACAAAAAAACUGUAGGAGAUUAUCAAAACGAUGAACCGUGAACGUACAAGGAUGAUCGUGUUAGGCUUAGAGAGAGAUAGAGAGAGAGAGAGAGAGAGAGGAAAUAGUGAUCCGGAACCGUAUUUUGACGGUGUUCGAACGCGCGGUGCCAGAUGGCGGAACUCACCAUAUUCCGUGUGAGAAAUAGCGAAAAGAAAUUAGAACCACAAGACUGUCCCCCCGUGUGUGUUGUACCAUGUGUUUUAUGUAGUGUUCCUCCUUCUCGUUUGGUGCAAAACAAAAUGUGUAUUUUAUAAAUCUCUAUUUUUUUUAAACCUA